UUCGUUCUUUCUUCUUCUCCUCGGCUUCACACAGUUCUCUCAUUGCUUAUUUUUCUUCCAUUCAACAAUUCUUCCAUUCUUCAUAUCUCUCCUUUCUCUUGCUUUCCCUCUUCUCUUUCCUAAAAAAAGAUUGCGACUUUGCCUAUGUGGUUCGGUUUCUUUGACUCGUUCACACCAAAUUCUUUGCUUAUCUCUCAAAACAGUGCAUUUUGUGUGGGUUUAGGAGCUGGGAUUCAUUUGGGGGUCACAUCCUUGUAUUCGUUUUUGGGUUUGCUUUGACGGUAAGAAUUAGUGUUGGAUCGGAUGUGUAUUAUGUGCCAUUAUUGUGGUGCGGGCUUGUCAGAAUCAAAUUUUGACAAUAAAAAAGAGGGUAAUGAGAGUAGUCUAAAGUGCAAUGCCAAAGUUUCCAUUAGGCCUUGCAAAUCCUGUGGAGAGAAGCUAGAGCGAGCAAAUGCGAAGUGGCGUAGUAAUAGUCCAUACGUGACACCAUAUGUCAGUCCAACUACGUCAUUGCAAAGUACUGAUAGCUGUGUCUCCACCUGCAGUGACUUUUCAGUUGAUGUGAACUCAUGUGACAGGAAUAGUCAAGAAGAAAGUACAGUUGAACGUGGUGUGGAAGAUCUCGGUUAUCGGGUGAAUGGUUCACAAAAAGUGAUGGAAAGCCAUUCCGAAGAAAGCAAUAACAACAAUGAGGGUUACACAGUGAGAGAUGUGGAAAUUGCACAAGGGCAUAACUUUCAAGAAGAAAAAGCUUAUCAUUCUGAAGACCCUAUUGAAUCCUCUGUCGAGGAAACUGAAUAUUCUCUUCCUGAUGAUCUGGAAGUCCAAACUUGGGAACCUCCUGAGCCAGAGAACCCACAGGAUGACAUGGACAAUAGUGUGACCUGUAAUGACGAUGAUGAAGACCACAGCAUGGGGAUUGCAAACUUGGGUGAGCCAAUUUCUAUCAAUAGUUCUGAGGAUGAAUUAAGUGGGAUCUACAGGUUCAAAGAGGAAAAACUAAGAGCAAUGGAAGAAAUGAUGAAUGGGAAAUUCAAGGCACUUGUUGGUCAGCUGCUUAAAUCUGUAGGGGUUUCCUCUUCGGAUGAAGGUGAUAAGAGUUGGGUGGACAUAGUUACGUCUUUAUCAUGGGAAGCUGCUUCUUUUCUGAAGCCUGAUGCAGUAGGAGGUAGUACAAUGAAUCCUGAUGGAUAUGUUAAAGUGAAGUGCAUUGCUGCUGGUUCUCGUGGCCAAAGUCAACUAAUAAGAGGUUUGGUCUUCAAAAAACAUGCUGCUCACAAGCAUAUGCCAACUAAGUAUAAAAAUCCUAGAUUAUUACUGAUUAGCGGCGUGCUUGGUCAUUCUAUUGAUGGGCUGUCCUCAUUUGACUCCAUGGACCAGGAGAAGGAUGAUCUGAAAUCUAAAAUGGAUCGUAUUGAAAUGUGCCAUCCAAAUGUUAUAUUAGUGGAGAAAACUGUCUCUCGUGAUAUACAAGAGUCAAUUUUGGCAAAGGGAAUGACACUUGUGCUUGAUAUGAAGCUUCACCGUCUGGAAAGAGUUGCGCGUUGCACUGGUUCACCAAUUUUAUCAUGUGAUAAUUUGAACGGUCAAAAGCUAAGACACUGUGAUUUUAUUUAUUUUGAGAAGUUUGUGGAGGAACAUGACGGGGUUGGUGAAGGAGGAAAGAAGCCCGUCAAGACUUUGAUGUUCAUUGACGGCUGUCCUACACGUUUGGGCUGCACGAUUUUACUGAAAGGAACUCACAGUGAUGAACUGAAAAGGAUUAAAUGUGUCUUGCGCUGUGCAGUUGUCAUGGCAUAUCAUUUAAUUCUCGAAACUUCGUUUCUUGUUGAUCAGAAAGCUAUGUUCUCUACCAUUCCAUCUUUGCGUGUCACAGAUAUCUUGCCAACCAAUAAAGAUUCCUGUGAUUCAACUUCGACAAAUUCAAGCAUUCCAUCUCUUGAGUAUUCUGGUGAAAAUGGAGUAGUUAGUACUGAUAUUGUUAUAUCAAAUGGACUUCAAGAAAAAAACACAAAUGGAAACAACUUAGGAUCAGAGGAGUUUUCUCCAUUCUCUUGUGAACCAUAUAAUCCAGCUGUCUUUUCUGGGUUCUCAGCUAUUUCAUCUUCUCUUAAGAAAGUUAUGGGGGAUAGUUUUCCCUUUGCUUCUUCUGCUCCUUAUCAAUCUUUAUCAGCUUACUUUGGCUUCAAUGGAAGGAAGCCUGAUGGUCAGGUUGAUGAGUCAAUUUCUGUUUUAAACUCUCCAGAGGCUGAUGGAAUUACCAUGAUCGAAGGAAAAAAUCAUUCUAAUGAAGUGAAGUCACUUAAUGAUGGGCAAUCCCUGUCUUCACCCGUGUACUUAGAUUCCAGUGGGAAUAUAAGUAAAGAUGGCCAUAAUGAUAGAAAAGAACUCCAAAGCAAAGAUGAUAUCAAUUCAGUAUUGGAUUCUCAGAGUAUUUUGGUCUUGAUGUCUAGCCGGAAUGCCUUAAGAGGGACCGUAUGCAAGCAAAGUCAUUUUUCCCAUAUUAUGUUCUACAACAAUUUUGAUAUUCCACUUGGAAAGUUUCUUGAGGACAACUUGCUCAAUCAGACAAGACUUUGUGAUGCCUGUCAAGAAUUGCCAGAUGCUCACUUUUAUUAUUAUGCUCAUCACAAUAAACAGCUUACAAUACAAGUUAAACGGUUGCCCCUGGAAAAACGUUUGCCUGGGGAGGCAGAAGGGAAAAUUUGGAUGUGGAGCCGUUGUCGAAAAUGCAAUUCUGGUUCUACAAAGAGAGUGUUGAUAUCUACCACUGCCCGUAGUCUAUCAUUUGGAAAAUUUUUGGAACUUGGCCUUUCUCGCUAUUCUUCUAGCAGAAAAUUGAGUUGUGGCCAUUCUCUUGAUAGGGAUUUUCUCUAUUUCUUCGGAUUAGGUCACAUGGUUGCUAUGUUCAGAUAUGCUUCUGUCACCACAUACACUGUGUCUAUGCCUCCUCAGAAACUGGAGUUCAAUGGUGCAAUUAGACAAGAGUGGCUUUUGAAAGAGACUAAGAAUGUGUAUAUGAAAGGCAUAUCAUUAUUCAGAGAAGUUGCAAAGUGUUUGAAGACAAUUCAAUUUGAUGGUCUUGGAGGAUCAAUUAGAGAUUUCUCCGAGGUUGAGAAGAUGUUAAAGCAAGAGCAAGAAGAGUUUGAGGAAAAUGUCAAGACUGCCAUUGCUAAAAAGGGGGAUCCAGACCAGGCUUCUUUCAAACUUCUCAAUUUGAACCGGUUAAUGUGGGAUCUUUUGAUUCAAUCCUAUGUGUGGGUUCAACGGUUAUACCCACUACGCUCAGCUGAUAGUUUAAGACUUGAAUCUGAUGUCUCUGAGAAAGUUAUGCAAGAUGGGGAUAUAGAAAUUAUGUUUGACACAUCUGUUCCAGCACAUGAACUAUCAAUAAAGGAAAUUCCAAUUGAAGGACCUCUCCUCGAGUGUAAUGAACAAGAUGAUCCAUCCAACACAAAGGAUGUGAAAGUACCUGUUGUUGAUGAUUUGAUAUCAAGGAGAUCUUCUGACCAAAAGUUGAAAUUGAGUCUGGAUGUUUCCACUCGGUUACCAGAUCAUCUUGAAGUACGCAAGAAUUCUCCAGUUUCUACAGAUAUUCCAGCUAAUCAUCCAGUUGCAGAUUUAAAGCUAUUAAAUAAAAGUGCUUCCAAUUCACCAGUUUCCAACUUGCUGGAUUCAAAUGAUUGGUUCUGGAAGCCAUUUACUGACAUUCGGCAGAUAGGCAUAAGGGAAUUCCAGAAAAGAUUAUUGCCAAAAUUUGAAUCUGUAAGCAGCUCCAUUGCUGAAUAUAUACCCACAGCCAAUCAAUUAAUCACCGAGGAAGGUACACGGUUGCAUAUCCCUCUCAAGACGGACAAUCAUGUUGUGUCUGACUUCGAGGGUGAACCCUCAAGUAUUAUUGCAUGUGCACUGGCCUUAUUGAAAGAUACAUAUGAUGUAUCAGAAGUUGAUGAUGAGGACGAUAGAAAUGAAGUUGGUAUAACUUCAAAUUCAACAGAAAGUUUGCAUAGCUUGACCAAUGGUACCUUAACUUCUUUUCAAUCAUUUUCAAGGAGUUCUUCAGAUUCUGAGUCUGUACAUUCUGCAGCAAGCAGUUCAGAAGAGUCACGAACCUCUCGUGCUACAGAAAACCAUAGCAUAGAGAUUGCUAUGGGUGGUGCGAAAUCACUUGGCAGGGAAAAAUAUUCAGUGAUAUGUCAUUAUUUCAAGCAGUUUCGUGAACUUAGAAACUGGUGUUGCCCAUCCGAGCUUGAUUUUAUUGCUUCAUUAAGCCGCUGUAGGAAUUGGGAUGCCAAAGGUGGAAAAAGCAAAUCCUAUUUUGCAAAAACACUUGAUGACAGAUUCAUCAUAAAGGAAAUAAAGAGGACAGAACUUGAUUCAUUUUUGGGGUUUUCUUCUUUGUAUUUCAAACACAUGAGAGAGUCAUUUGAGUCUGGAAGUCAAACUUGUCUGGCAAAAGUCUUGGGGAUCUAUCAGGUUACUAAAAGACAUGUCAAAAGUGGAAAAGAGGUUAAAUAUGACCUCAUGGUGAUGGAAAAUCUUACCUAUAAUCGAAAUAUUACUCGCCAAUAUGAUCUUAAAGGUGCCCUUUUUGCCCGGUACAAUUCCGCUGCUGAUGGUGAUGGAGAUGUUCUGUUGGAUCAGAACUUUGUGAAUGACAUGAACUCUUCCCCAUUAUAUGUCAGUCAUAAAGCAAAGCGUGUUCUUCAACGCGCUGUUUGGAAUGACACAUCUUUUCUGAAUUCAAUCAAUGUGAUGGAUUACUCCUUGCUUGUUGGAGUAGAUUCUCAGAAGCGCGAGCUAGUCUGCGGGAUCAUUGAUUAUCUCAGGCAAUAUACAUGGGACAAGCAUCUUGAGACAUGGAUGAAGUCAUCACUUGUUGUGCCAAGAAAUGUGUUGCCAACUGUAAUCUCUCCAAAAGAAUACAAAAAGAGGUUCAGAAAGUUUAUGUCUACAUAUUUUUUUAGUAUUCCAGAUCACUGGUGUUCUCAGAAAUCCUCCAAUCCUUGCAAACUUUGUUGCUCGGGGGAAGAAGAUGAUGAUCAUGCUUCCCCAGACAAGCCCUAGUACAAGAGUGACAAGUGCUUUCUCUGUCCAAAUCUUUGAUUUCUCUCCAAAAAAUAUAUACAAAUUUGAGAAUUUAUGCAAGUAGUUAGCACUGUAUAUAGACAAUCAAAUAUUGAUUGUAAGCCUAGCCCUGCUAUUCUGCAUUUUUUAGCGAAUUUCUAGGGAUGCUGUCAUUUACAUGUCCAUCCUCUCCCUGUAAGAGAAGAGUAAAUUUUUGUAAAGCCUACGGUAACUGUAAAGGUUUAUUUAAUCAAUGAAGAGUACAGUUGCUAAUC